CCUUUCUCGGCGAUAUCGCGUCUCGCGGAACGUCCGCGCACAUCGGGGUGCCGGCGAAGGGCCUGAAGACACGCGACGUCAACGCGGUGACUGUUUCGACGGCACUUCAACAGAUGUUAUGUAAUAGUGAGCGAUACCGAGAAAAUCCGGGAUGCUGCCAUGAUAUCAAACGCUUUACCAAUGCAUUGUUCGCGGCCAGUGGCACAAGUGAAUAUACAUUGUUCGCGAGUGCUAUCAACAAAUUUACCAGUAAUUUUUCCACUAUAAAAGAAUGGCCUAGGAGUCGGAAAAUGUUAUUAACAUGCUUAGGAGUAACUGCCGGAGGCAUCAGUGCCUUCAUCUAUGCUCUAGAUAGCUCGGUAAGAGCUAUUGAUUUGAUAGCUCAUCCUCCAACGUAUAAAUGGGAUUUUUAUGGAUGGUUCAAUUCAUUAGAUCAUGCUAGCAUGCGACGAGGAUGGGAGGUUUAUAAGAAUGUAUGUGCAGCUUGUCACAGUUUGCAAUAUGUGGCAUAUCGUCAUCUUGUUGAUGUUACUCAUACCGAAGCAGAAGCCAAAGCUCUCGCGAGUGAAGUCAUGAUAGAAGAUGGCCCUAACGAAGUAGGAGAGUAUUAUAAACGUCCAGGGAAAUUAUAUGAUUACGUACCAUCUCCAUAUCCGAAUGAAGAAGCUGCUAGGGCAUCGAACAAUGGUGCUUAUCCACCUGAUUUAUCUUACAUGAUAAAUGCCAGGCACAAUGGAGAGAACUACGUUUUCUCUUUACUAACCGGAUAUUGUGAUGCACCAGCUGGUGUAAUUUUAAGGGAAGGACAAUAUUUCAAUCCAUAUUUUCCAGGUGCUGCCAUUAGUAUGGCACAGGCUAUUUAUAACGAAGUCUUAGAAUAUGAAGAUGGUACUCCAGCAACUGCUUCUCAAGUAGCAAAAGAUAUUACCACAUUCCUAAUGUGGACUGCCAAUCAUGAAUUCGAUGAACGAAAACAAAUGGCUAUUAAGGGUAUUGGAAUAUUCGCAAUUCUUAUAAUUACUACAUACUACUUUAAGCGACUAAAGUGGUCGACUGUAAAGAGUACAAAACUAAUGUUUGUCCCCAAAAAAUAUCGUUAGCCAAAUGGAAAUUGACGCCGUGAUGUUAGCUUUUGUGCUGGUAUCAGAAUGUAGUUUCGCAAUUUAAGCAAUGUAUCCGGCAAGUUGUGACUCCUCUCUGAAGAUUUAAACUUAUUCAUAUAUUUGACGAACUGCCAAUUUGUCAACACUCUCUACCAAAAUCUAUUAAAUUAAACAUUGUACAUAGUUAUA